GCUGUUAAGAAUAGCACAAUCUACUGGCCCUAUCAGCGGAACUAUUCCUAUAAUAACAAUCAAUUUACCGAUUUCAAAUCUUGCUUGUGGACCCAUAUCGUAAUUCCUCUCGAUACCCAACUGUUUUUUCCGAGAGUAAUACAAUACCUACCUAGUCAUUCCUACAAGGCCCAUCCUUUUCCCUCUCUUUAUUAGAUGGAUCCUUCUAAGCAAACAAUUCAUCAGUCUGAUGAUACAGACAUUACAGCACAGCAGGUUUGGAAACCGGAUCUUCCCCAUCAUUUCGCCCACCCCGGCGCUGGGGCUAUUCCUGUCAAUCCAGGCUUCAUUCACGGGCUACCUGGACCCAUUCCUGGAGCAUAUGAUGCGUUAGAUAACCUUGCUUCCGCCGCGGCAAUCUCCGAUUCGUACGCCAUGCAAUCCCAGGCCUCAUCGUCGAGUCAAAGGGCUCCGGGGUUGGAGGGGCCGUCUGCCUUCAUAUCUAAUGAAAGCUCCGCCCCUGGAACGUCAACAACAACCGCGCAGCAAAGAGAGCAAAUAAAAGCCAAGCGCCGUGUUCCAAACUCCCAGCGGAAGAGAACUCAGGUCAGCUGCGACGCUUGUAAAACACGGAGAUGCAAAUGUGUACGACUCAACACUACUCCGGGACCUGGUGACCUGGCUCCCUGUAAAUUGUGCACCGAGACUGGGAUUCCGUGUGUUACUUCAAUGCCGCGGAAACAGCGAGUCUACGGCAGUGUCGAAAAUUUGGAUAAAAGAUACCGUGCUCUCGAGGCCUUGGUAUCGGGCAUAUGCCCAGAGCUAAACCCUAGGGCUUCAGCGGAAGAAAUAGUAGCUUUUGGGCGAGAAAGGGCGAUUGAAAUGCCUGAGUUCGGUGAAUCGUCUGACCAAAGCCUACGUAUAUCAUCCGAGCCUGCCAUCAAGCCAGAGGGGACUGAAUCCUAUCAACACGCCACGGAUCUUAAGAGAGAAAUAUCGAAUCCAAACUUGAUCAUAGCGGGAACCGACAACGACAAAACCAUAUUGCCUCCUUCGUACCUCGCGAAAUUCGGACAAGUCGCAUCCCCGCAACCUUCAACUUCAUCGGCUGUGGAGAGUGUUAUAGACUCUAGCGCUGAGAAUACUGGUCUCAUUUUGGAUGCUACUGGUAGGCCACAUUACAUAGGACCGUGUGGUAGUCUUGCUUUCUUCGGAAGAAUGCGUGAUAUUUUUACACAGCGAUUCGAAGAUUCGGCGAGUUUACUGGUUGAUAGAGGUCCGUUCUUCGUUAACAACCCUUUAGCCGCGUCGCUGGGCGGAACUGGGGAUCGCGGGCGCGCUGCCGGGUCCCCUUCCGGGCGGGGCUCUUCUAGCCCUCCAGGUCAUAACCUAGACCAUCUUGAUGGUGAUUCUCCACCCCAGAUCUGCGAAGACAUGCUGAAGAACCAUCCCAAUGACCCUGAGUUCUGGAGAUACCGCAAACGGGUAUCCGAGCUUGAGCUACCAUCUCGGGAGCAUGCCGACGCUUGUAUUCAUGCUUUCUUCCAAUACGUCCAUCCGAAUUUCAUCCUCUUCCAUCGACAUACCUUCCAGAGAGCAUACGAGAAGAUGUGGCGCUGCUGGGAUUCGCACAGAAACCAAGGGUCGAAUGUUCGUGCCAAAGAGAUAUCCGUCUCAGUUGGUUGGCUUUGUUGUCUAUACAUGAUGUUUGUCCUAGGGUCCAGAGCGCUGCCACAGAGUAGCGAUUCCCUUGAAUUCCAGCGGAAGUGGUUUGCAGUCGUGGAUAAGCUACCUCCAUUACUUGGUACUUCGAGCCUUCCGAACGUGUGUGCGUAUAUGCUUCUUUCAUUAUACUACCACAACACCAAUGAUCGAACUAGCGCGUGGACAUUUCAAGGUGCGGCAUGUCGACUUGCGAUAGCGCUUGGUAUGCAUAGGGAAAGUUCGUCAGGUCUCUUUGACACGGUUGAGAGACAACAUCGCAAGUUAGUUUGGUGGACGUUGUAUGGUUACGAACAAUUUUUAUGUUGCUCACUUGGGCGACCCAGCGCGAUUGAUGAUAGAGAAAUGGAUGUGGGGAUCCCGCAUGACGAGUACAUGGACGCGAACCUUCUCCCUCCUAGGUACAUUGAGCACUCAGCUCAAUUGAAUAUGCUGCUCGCUGCCACCAGGCGCGGCAUUUUCGAUCCGGGCUUUGCCCCGGGGAGGAGAUACUCCAGAGCUCUGGAGUUCCUAGAAACCGUGGCAGGUUGGAACGAAAAUCUUCCGAAAGGGCUCAGACCCGAGGUCCUAGAGGCUAGCCUAGAUGGUUAUGAUCACCAGUGGCGCAGCGCUACGCUACUUCACGUACGGUAUCACCACACACUUUGCUUUUUGACCCGACCAUUUCUGUUUGAGACCAUUCAGUCUUCCAAUGGCGACGAUCCACUCGGCCCUGACGCAGCCAAGAUAAGAGCACUGAGUAAGAUCUGUCUGACCGGCGCAAUGCGUUGUGGAUACUUGAUAGUCAAAUUGUGGCGCGCAGGUCAGGUAAAUGGGGUCACAUGGAUAGAUAUCUACUAUGCAUACAUGUGUAGUUUAGAUAUAUCGCUCGCCCUCCUCUCGCCAGGCGCACUACGACAAGGCGAAGCGCACCCAGAGAUCCGCAACCCGAAUCUUAUACAAUACUAUACGGUAGAGGAUAUGAAGGAUAUUGUAAGGAAUCUCUGCGAAGUUAUGUCGACCAUCGACGUAUGCGGAACAAACGCUAGGUUCGCAAAGGCGGCAUUCGAAUUUGCAAGCACCCUUGCGAUUAUCCCAAUAGAAAAGGUUCUGUCGUUAGGCCUACAACCCUCCGAUGCGAAGGUGGCGCCUGGAGAUGAGAUUUCGAAUGAUGCAAGUCGGACUAUUGGAGUGCUGAGAGACCAUGCAUUUACUGGAGAACAGAGGCCAGGUGCUGAAGCUGGGGUGCUUGACCAGGGCAUGGCCGGAAUACCUGGCUAUUACCCGGCGACUGGUAUGAACCUAGACUUCCAAGGAAAUUAUAACUACCCCCAGAAUGACACGAUGGGUAACAUGCAAUGGGAUAUGUGAGAUAUUGCCGCCUUCACAAUGGAAUGGCGGCACUUUGAACAUGGAUUUGGACUGG